UGUCUGUGCACGCGCUCAUUCACUUGCUCGUUGCGGUCUGGGUACUCGCGUGAUGUGGCUAAGCUAGCUGUCACUCAGUCAGUCGCUCAGCCAGCCGCCGGAUGUACCUGGAAGCGCAUCGCUCUCGUCGCCCGUCUUGACAUUCCCCUCAAACAUUCCCGGAGGAAUUCGUGUCGACUGACCAGAGUCCGCGAAUUCCCGUCCCACUCCCUGGUGGUCGUCGAGCCCCCCCGUCACCACCACCCGCCACUACACCGCUAGGGCUUGCUUAACUUGCCGGCUGACGUGCGGACGAGUGGAGAGCCCUGAACCGAAGGAACACACCCAGACGAGAUGUCACUUCACCAGUUUCUAUUGGAGCCCAUCACCUGCCACGCGUGGAACCGCGACAGGACGCAGAUUGCCAUCAGCCCCAACAACCAUGAAGUUCAUAUUUAUAAGAAGAGUGCCAACCAGUGGCUUAAGACUCACGAGCUGAAGGAGCACAAUGGACACAUUACAGGCAUCGACUGGGCCCCCAAGAGCGACCGCAUCGUGACUUGCGGCGCCGACCGCAACGCGUACGUGUGGUCGCAGAAGGAGGGCGUGUGGAAACCCACGCUGGUCAUCCUCAGGAUCAACAGAGCCGCCACCUUUGUCAAGUGGUCGCCGCUGGAGAACAAGUUUGCGGUGGGCAGCGGCGCGCGGCUCAUCUCCGUCUGCUACUUUGAGUCGGAGAACGACUGGUGGGUGAGCAAGCACAUCAAGAAGCCCGUCCGCUCCACCAUCCUCAGUCUGGACUGGCACCCCAACAACGUGCUGCUGGCCGCCGGCUCCUGCGACUUCAAGUGCAGGGUAUUCUCAGCCUACAUUAAGGAGGUGGAGGAGAAGCCAGGCCCGACGCCUUGGGGCAGCAAGAUGCCUUUCGGAGCCGUUCUAGCCGAAUUCGGCGGAGCAGGAGGAGGAGGUUGGGUCCACUCUGUGUCCUUCUCGGCCUCCGGGAACCGCCUGGCCUGGGUCAGCCACGACAGCACCGUCACUGUGGUGGACAGCUCCAAGACCGCCUGUCCUUUGCAGCUGAAGACGGAGUUCUUGCCUCUGCUCAGCGUUUGCUUUGUGUCCGAGAACAGCCUCGUGGCCGCUGGCCACGACUGCUGCCCCAUGCUGUUCCGCUGCGACGACGGCGGCACGCUGACCUUCGUGUCCAAGCUGGACCUGCCCAAGCAGAGCGUCCAGAGGAACAUGUCGGCCAUGGAGCGCUUCCGCAACAUGGACAAGAGGGCCACCACCGAGGACCGCAACACUGCGCUGGAAACGCUGCACCAGAACAGCAUCACCCAAGUGUCGAUCUACGAGGGAGACAAAAGGGACUGUCGCAAGUUCUGCACCACCGGCAUUGAUGGCGCCAUGACAAUUUGGGACUUCAAGAGUCUAGAAGCUUCUAUCCAGGGUCUCUGCAUCAUGUGAAGAAAUGUUGCAAAUGGAGCGGGGGCAAAAUGGAGACGCUGCGUACUCGCCAACACUUGCCCUUUGCUCCCCCCAUAGUAACACACACACACAUUGAACUGACGUGUGGCAUCACUGUUGAUUUUUUCGAGUUGCUGUUUGUUUUUAAAUGAAGGCGGUAAGGAAGAAAGGAGGUUCUGUGUUAUUAAAAAAAGUGUGACUUGUGUGUGGUUUUUUUUUUUUUGGUUCUCUAACCUCUUCCAAAGUACCAAAAGUUCGACACUAAGCUACGUUUUAUCACAAAAAAAAAACAAAAAAAAAAUCAGACUGAAUAUCACCACGGCUGAGCCUCCACGUGAAUAUAUCAACGCGUUGUCGCGGUAACGGAUGUUUUCUCUCACUCCCCGCGCCGUCGCAGUUCUGUAGUGGCGAGAAGCUCAUGUAUUAUGGAGGAUGUCUGUGUCAUGUGAGGUCAAAUAAAUGCAUUUACAGAACACC